GUGUGUGUUUUGGUCGGGGCCGAGGCGGUGGCGGAAGUGGCGGCGGGCUGGGAGAGGCACGGCUGCGCCCCCGCCCCUCGCCCCCACCCGAGGAGCCGCCUCCCCUCUUCCCCCUCCUCCGCCCACCCUGCCCGGCUUCCCGCCAGCCACGACGGACGGGCGGGCGGACAGACACCGCUGCGCCGUCGCCUGCUCCCCCGGCUGCUCCUCGUCCCCCCCGCCCCUUGCGCGGCCGUCGCGGCCCGGCCAGGUUGUUACUGGCAGAAGCACCACUGAGAUCUGAAUCCUGGAACUUGCUUUCAAGACCUUGAAACAAAGGACUUUCUAAUUUGGGCAUGGCUAAUCGAGGAGCAACAAGACCCAAUGGGCCAAACGCUGGAAAUAAAAUUUGCCAGUUCAAACUAGUACUUUUAGGAGAGUCUGCAGUUGGCAAAUCCAGUUUGGUGCUUCGUUUUGUAAAAGGACAGUUUCAUGAGUUUCAAGAAAGUACAAUUGGAGCACCUCCGUCUUUUUUUGUAGCUGCUUUUCUAACCCAGACUGUAUGUCUCGAUGAUACAACAGUAAAAUUUGAAAUUUGGGAUACAGCUGGGCAAGAGCGGUACCACAGUUUAGCACCAAUGUACUACAGAGGAGCACAAGCAGCUAUAGUGGUAUACGACAUAACAAAUGAGGAGUCCUUUGCCAGAGCGAAAAAUUGGGUCAAAGAACUUCAGCGGCAAGCAAGUCCUAACAUUGUAAUAGCUUUAGCAGGAAACAAAGCUGAUCUAGCUAACAAAAGAGCUGUGGAUUUCCAGGAAGCACAGGCUUAUGCAGAUGACAACAGCUUAUUGUUCAUGGAGACAUCUGCCAAAACAUCUAUGAAUGUAAAUGAAAUAUUCAUGGCAAUUGCAAAAAAACUGCCCAAGAGUGAACCACAGAAUGCAGGAGCCAACUCUGCCAGAGGAAGAGGAGUAGACCUUACUGAACCCACACAACAGCCCAAGAGUCAAUGUUGUAGUAACUAAAACAUCAAUUGCUUUAAACUGUUCUGAAUAUUCUUCUGCUUCCUAACUGUUAAUAACCAUGGAAUUGGAGUGCUUAACCUGGCCCAGUACAGCUUCCAAACAGCGAAGAGACUUAUGAUAAUAGUCAAGUUCAUGAUACAGGGUUUUCUUUUGACCUAAAUUUUUAACAUGCAUGUAUCCACCACUGGCUGUAACGUUACAGCAGUAGAGGAGAGAAGGAAGCGGAAUAAACUUCCUUCAAUUGAAAGGUUUUAAAAAUCACUUAGAGGUGUAGAAGAACUACUCUCUGUGGACCUGAUUGGCCAGUUCCUUUAGCCUCAAUACUGAUUACUGUUAUAAUAAAUAGAAUUGGGACUUUUCAUAAUUCUUAAUUGUGCUUUAAAACCUUUUUAGAAACAGGGUUUAAAAAUUACUUAAACUUAUUCACAGUAUUCAUGCAACCAGUUGUUUCUGCAGGUAUCCACUGUUCAGUUAUACAUUCCAUAGUUUAAUAAUUUAAUUACAAAUAAUACUUGCAUUAACAAUUUUAAGAACCCUAUGCUUGCAGGAAAGUGGAGUUUUAGUUGGUACACUGUAUGUAAAUUAUAUCAACCCAGUUAGUUAUCUAAAGAAAUUGGUGAUAAAUCAAGUUUAACUUCAUUUCUAAUCUGUUCAGAGGGUACAGACCAGUCAAUUCAACUUUAUGACUUAGGAAUUCUUUUUUUUUUUUUUGCCUCUACAAACUGUAAGAGCUCUUCAAGUAAAACCACAACAAACUUGGUGUCUGUGACUUCUUUCUUGAUUUUGAUCAUUGCUGGCCAUUACAGUUUGUUUUUCCCCUAAGGAAAAAAAUAGUGCACUAACGAUUAUGUACAUCCAACUUGAUUUUAAAUUUGGAUAUUAAUGUACUGUAAAUAGGUACUCUGCAUUGUAGUCUACAUUUGUUUAAUACUUUCUGUAAUAUUUAAGAGUUGCUUAAAGGUAUACAGAAUGUACAGUUACUUAAAGCUAACUUUUUUCCUCUCUAAUCAAAGGGGGUUCUAAGUUCUUCCUUUAUGGCUAGAACAGUAAUAAAUGAUGCUCCUGUAUCUGUAACAUAAGUACUGCUGUCUGUCAGUAAUGAACUUUGCAACUUUGUUUUCCAAAGUACAUUUUAUUUUGAUCUGUCCAGUAUAUUGCACUAAUUCUUUUAGUUAUUUUCAUUAUAUGAAAUCUACCAAGUGUGUCAGAGGAGAUGAAUUAGUCUAUUUAAAUGUUGAACUGAUAGCAGAAACUUACGUGUGCAGAUUUUAAAUUUGCAGUAAUCUGGAUUUAGCAAGGAAAAUGACAGUUCACCAGUGUUUAGUUUUAUAUUGAGGUGCUCAGGUUUGAAUAAAGUGGUUAAAAAAAAAAAGGAGAUUUUUGAUUACUGUUUCUUACUGAGAAUUUCAGAAGGUUUUAUUGCAUUUGCACAGUUCCAGAUGAGAUGUCUGAUUUACGAUGUGGGUUAGCAUUUAACAUGAUUGCAAGUAAAUUCAUGACACAGAUAAAUAAAAGCUUGUACUAUAUAUACUGUGGCACUCCAGUUAUCCUAUGAUAAAUUUUUAAGUGCUGAGGUAAUUGGGUAUCUUAUUGCAUCCAUUAGGAAGUACCAUCAAAAUAGUAAUAUUAUAUCUUGAACCUGCAGCUACUGCUGUCUUUACUAGUUUUUCACUAAUGUAGUUUCCUGCGUUGUCAUAGAGUGUCUCAGAGGUGACUCUGCCUCUUCCUGCAGUUUGUGAUUUGCAAUUAGGCAGGUAUGUGUUUGUGUCCUCUUCAGACUGUGGUGGUGGUUUAGAACCCACUGGUGAUACAGUCUUUAGCAGCUCGUGGCUAGCGUAACUUGCAGGUUUGUCACAAAAUAUCUUGGAGUCCAUUUUUUCUGCCAGUUGUGGACCUGAGUCAUAAUUAGGUGUGCUUUUAUAUUUUUUGGGGGCUGUUUCAUAUCUUCAGACCCUAUUGCCAAUACGUUCUCUUGCAGCUGUUUAUGGGUGCAACUUGGACCUGUUGAACAGAAAGCAUUGGUGACUCUUUCUUGCUCUGCAGCCUGUGACUGUGGCGGAAAACUGUUACAUAGAUAAACUUCUCUGUCCUCAAACUGUUUUCAGUUCUUCAGAACCACCUUGCGUGCUAGAAUCGGGCUGGUUUAUAUGUCUGUUCCAUGAAUUUACUUCAUUCGUACUGAAAAGAGAGAGUUCUGGAUCAGUUUGAUUUUUGUGGUCAUCAGUUUCUUAAGAAACUCCACUUUGCAAAUAGUUCCUUCUAAAAUGUGAGUGUGUGCUUUCAAAAUACUAUGGCUGAAUGAACUAACCGAGAGUUUUGGAUUCAGAACUGUAUAUAGCAGUAUAAAAUUUCUAGUACUUGAAAAUAAUUUGGACAUCGUGUAGAAUUUACAGUUUACUAACAUGAUGCCUUAAACCUUUUCCCCAGUUAAGGGACACAAGGAAGCAAGAGUUCUCAUGGUCAUAAGAAGCCAAGGACUAACUUCUUUCCUUUAGUAAGAGUAGGUACUUUACCUUUCCCCCAACACUGUUGAAAUCUGCAGGAUGAGAAUGAAAAGUCUUAGAAAUUGCAUUGCUGCAGGUGACUAGUCGUGUCAGACUUCAGUGCAGAGCGUAAAGGAAAGCAGCUCUGAAACAAAGUGCUGUAUUGUUUGAGAUUCUCUGGCUAUGCUGGGAGAAGACUAUUUUUGUUUUAGAGGAGGUUACUGGUCUGCUCCCAUGUGUUGGUGUAAGGGCAAAAAUGAUGUCUUGCAGAAGGAACUUGAGUGGGGUGGCAAAUUUCCAGACAUUAAGCUGGCUUCAGUGUGUUUGUUUAUAUUGUAUUUUUAAUACUGUCUGGCUAGACUAGGGCACAGGUCUCUGAAAAGUGUUUAUAAGUAGGCACUGCUUAUACAGUUGUUGUAUUUCUUGGGCAGUAUUGGCGUCUUGUGUAGGAGACUGCUAAAUGUAAUCUGCAAAGGCAGAUUUCUCUGGAAGGUGGUUGAGAAUAUCAAACUGGAGGACACACAUUUUUCAGUGAUUAUAGAAUGUAGAUGGCUUAAGUUAUACUGUGUGUGUGUUUCCUUGUGCUUUCUCCCUCUUCCUUCCUCUGAUUUUCAUGGAGAGCUAGAAGAUUGUCUAAAAUUUCAUUUGAACCCUCGGAGUAAGACCACCAGCUAUAAGCCUAACAAAGGGCAUAAUAUAUCCCAUGUGGAACAAUUUGACUGCAAGGAAGAGUAAAAUCUAAUCGCUUUUGGAUGCAAGUCUCUUUUCUGCAAACCAGAGACAGGCCAAAAGAAUUGACAAAAACUAGCUGACCUGUCAGUGUGGGACUAAAUGAAGAAGACAAAGUUGGCCAAUGCCACCAUCUCCUGCUUUGCCUGUCUGACGAUCCUCUUCAGUUGCUUACCUGGUGCUGAAGGAACGUGGUUUUAUUUCUGUAAGAACACAUUCCGGGGGGGCAGGGAAAUGAAGCUUGAUGUUGUAUAAUUUUUCUCUGAUGUAAUAACAGUUGGAAAAUUAAGUGUAUUAGAUUAAAUAAAUGUGUAUUUAGCAGUGGUUCAAAAAUGUGGACUUUAAUCAUAAAAUGCUUAAAGUAUCUCUUAUCAACUGCAAGCCUUAACUAAUUAGCAGAGAUUGAGUUUACAGUAUCUUUUAUUGCAGCCGGCAUAAAACUUCAUCUGGGAGGGAAGGAUGGAAGCAAGUAACUAGAACCAGAAAACUUAGGUUGGGUGAAUUCUUUAUCAAAUUUUUUUACCUUUAUCUUGCCUCUCCAGCUCAUUGUAAUAAGAAUGGGUUGCUUCCCCAAUGAGAUGAAAACAAAUGCAUCUGGAAGCAUUCCCAUCUUUUAUGUGACUUGAUACUAUAUUCCAUUGAAGGCGUGACUGCAUAUCCCGAAAGAGUAUCUGAGCUAGUGCUAAACC